AUAAAUAAGUGAUAACAAUAAUAAAAUAAUAAAAUUUAAAUUUGUUGGCCUCUUGACUCGGAUAAGUAAAAACCGGCAUUUUCGGUAUCUGUUGUCAUCAUGAAUAACAAUAAAUUACUCAGCUCAGACAAUAUAUUUACGGAUGACGAUAUACGUAAAGUUGUUAUGAACAGUUUAGCUUCUUCUCCUACUGUUUCAUCAAGUUCAUCGUCCUUUUCUACGUCACCUUACAAACCUUCAGAUGCUUCAAUUUAUUCCUGUAUUUCAUAUCUUCGUUUUAAAAUUCCUUCAAAUUUACCAAAUGAUUAUGUCUUGGAUAAAUUUAUGAAACUAAUGAAAGAGUAUGCACCAAAUGAGCGAAUUAAUUGGAGAAGUUUUCGGCAAGCCGCAGACACGUGGAUUACUUCCGUCAAAUCAAAGUGUCCAAAUGAAUAUGACUUUGAAAUAAAUGUCAAUAAAUCGGAAUGGUCCAGUGGAGAAACUGCAGAUAGUCCAGAUGAAGGGAUUACCAAUGAUGAUGAUGAUCCAGAUGUCUUCCAUAGAGAUUUCAACGAUAGCGGGAAAUCUACAGAACUUGUUGAAUGUUCUAUUCUAAAUAAUUCAAGUAAAAUAACAACAGAGUGUAAUAAACUCGAUAAUUCAGUUAAAUUGAAAUACGAAGCAGAUGUAGAAAAUACUGAAACUGAGCUUCUACGUAAACGGAUUUAUCAGUUUGAAAAAGACAAUGCAUGGUUGCGUGAAGAAUUAAUGAAAUCUGAAGAUUCAGCAAAUAAUUAUAAACAAUUAUUUUAUUCAUUUCGUCAAAAGUAUGACCGUCGUAAUGAAGAAUAUAGAUUAUUAGAACGAGAAAAUGACGAAAAAAAUGAGAUAAUUGAUAAUAUGAAAAAAGACCAAAAACAUUUUCAAGUUGCGCAAGAAAAAUGGGAAAGGGAACGGAAGACUCUGAUUAAAAAGAUUGAAACUGAUAAACAAAAUACUGAGACUCAUAGAAAUAAGUAUGAUAAAGCUGUAAAUGAUAAGGAAAAAUUUUCGAAACAAUUAAAUGUGUAUCGUCGUUCGUUAGAAGAAAAAGAAGAUUUUUGUAAUGUUCUCCAAAAAGAAUUGAAUCAAUUGAAACAAACUCUAAAAAAUUUAGAAGAUUAUUAUGAAAAAAUAUUCAGUGAGUUAAAAGAACAAAAUGAAGACUUGAAGAGGAAAAAUUUCAAGUUAGAGUUAAAAUCUAAUGAUGGUAAACCGAGUAGCGAGCAGCUGCAUUCAAUACCAUCGGCAAUUAAUUUAGAUAUUUCUUUUGACCAUUCGCCAGAUGUUAAAUUUAAUAAUCCAGAUUCAGAUUCACUGUACGACGAACUAAAAGCUUCAGGAUUUUUGCCGGAUGUUUCUUAUGAAAAUUCAAAAAUCCGAGAACUUGAAGAGGAAUUAGAUUGGCAAGAUGAAAAAGCUCGCAAUGCGGUAGACCAAGUCGAGUAUUUAAUAAAAUAUAUAACCGAAAAAAAAAAUAUAAAUAAUAAUCGAAAAUCUAACUUGGAAGCAAAAUAUAUUUUAAUUUUGCUAGAUAAAAUUUCACAAUUAUCAGAAGUUGUAACAGAUGCAUUCCAAAAACGAUUCACUCAUGAUGUAAGUUGUCAAGUUUCUGAAGACCCUUGGGUGGAUAAAAAUUUACAAGAUCUUAAAAUUUUAACUUACAAAAAUUUAAUAAAGCCGAAUAAUUCAUCGCAUUUAAACAUUAAAGAGAAUCUGUUGUCAUCGUUAUCUUCUAAUAGUGUUGAGACAAAAAUAAAUCCAUAUUCCGCAGUCAAUUGUGAUAACAAUAAAAAGAAGAAUACUUACAACAACAAACUGCUUAUAAAUGAGACGCGUAUUGUGAAAAAACCAUCGCAGAUUUUAACAACAAAACAACACUUGUUGUCAAAUAAAAAUACUGAAUGGAGUCCGAUUAUCUGUAACACGCCAAUAAUGAGUGAGAAAAACGCACCAAGAAGAAAAAUUUCCGUAUUUGCGCGAACAAGUGAUCUGGAUAAAAUAUUAGAAUCACAAUCGUCUAAUGAGAAUUUUACAAGUAGUACUCCUGUUCCUGAUCCUAUUCCAGAACUUAAUACCUAUCGCACAGCUCAAGAAUCUAGUAGCGAUUCAUCGGGUAAUUUAUCUCAACUACAAGCUUCGUUAGAAGAAAAUUCAAUUAAUGAUGAUGGUGAAUCCACUUCAGUAGCAAAUAAUCAAGUUAAAUUUAAUAUUGCGCCAGCAAAAUUUAAUUUUUCACCUACGAAAAUUUCGAAGCAAUCUUUGGUGCCUAGUGAAAAUUUGGCGACGACUGAUGAUGAUUCAAGUCAAUUUAAUCUACUUGGCAUCGAUAAAAAAUUAAUAGAGAGUUCAACGCCGAUUUCUAAUGAUGAUCAGUACAGUAGUUCAGAUAAAGAGAAUACAUCAGUGCGGAAAGAAUUGAAGAACGUCACGUGGACGAUUGAAUCGGGUAGUAAUUCUGGAUCACAGAAGCAGUUUUAUAAUAAUCGUAAUAAGUGCGAAAUUUAUGCAGUAACUGAAAAGGCCGCUAGCGAAUCAGCUGCAGUCACGCUUGCAAUGUCGAGUGGUGAGGAUAGCUCGGAUUCAUCAGACAGUGAUUCGGCUAUUACUUGUGAUAAUAAAGAUAAUGAUAAUAAUUCAGCGACUAAUAUUAAAAAUGCUCAAUAUACACGUGACUCAUUGGAUGCGAAUCAAUCGUCGCACGUGGAUGAAUCCUUUCAAGUACUUUCAAAUCCAGUCAAAAUUAAUUUAUCAAAUGGAGCGAAAAAAAUUAAUGACAAAACAUUUACUUAUAAGCCAACUGCUAAGCGCGAGAUACUGCCAGUUAUGAAAAGAUCGAGGUCAGAGAGUGAAAACCUUGGAUGUGGUCACGAAAGUAAUCUCUAUAUUUGCGAUGUUGAAAAGCCUAAAUUAAAUGUCAACUAUCAGGAAUUUAAACUAACUGUUUUUCCGAGUCUCACGGAUUUUCGUUUACAAGAAUCAGGAAUUGCUCAUUUAUCCGAUACGGAUGACUUAGAAGAAAAAGAUUUAGUUGAAGGCGAAUUAGAGCGAAAAUACGUAGCAUUUUCCCUGGGACUCUGUACUGAUAGAUUGACACUUUCACGUAGAAAAACAUUAUCUCAACGUCGACGUGAUCAAACGGAAAGGAAUUUUACUAAUGAAGUAACAAGGAUGCAACAAAGUAUUGAGGAACUCGCGCCAUUGUGCUUUGACAGUGAGACAAUUGAUAGGAUAGAACGUGCAAGGAAUCAAAUAGAAAUAAUAGCACAGUGUGCACGGAAAGUGUCUUGUGCUGCUGAAACACUUGGAGCUAUUCAACAGGAAUACAGAAUUUCUCGGGCUAUUCAUCUUGCGGAUAGGUAUUUGAGGCUGCUGCGUAGUCGAUGUGAAAAACUUGACCGUGAUUUAACAGAAUCUAAGCGAAUCCUAGCAGAAAAUAAUAUUAUUGUUGACGAGAGCAAUGGGGAAAACGGUGAGGAAUUGACUGUAAUUCGUUACCGUGGAUUACCAACUUCUAAUCGUACAAUGAUAGCUAGAAGACGAGCGAGCAUAGCCACGAUCUUUCGACCUAUUGGAAUAGGCCAAGAUGUAACAAAGGAUGGAAUUAAGCAACGUAAUUCAGUGACAGGCCGUGUGACAGUAAGGAGACCUUCACUGAGUGUUGAAGCUCAGAGUUGGCAAGUAGAAAAGUUAAUUCGCACUGAGAGUUCUAAUUCUGUUGGUGAACUUCAUGAGAUAUUCGAACAUGCUGAAUCUCGUCGUGCUUCUAGAGAAGAAAACAAUAAUGUUUUACCAGUUUUAAUGAAUAAUAAUAACAACAACAACAACAAUAAUAAUAAUGAGGGUAAUUUACCGAUUUCUUCAACCACGGAAUCAUGUCCUUUAAAUCAAGAAGAAGUGGCUACUACAUCAACAAGCCAAGAAAUUCUUCAAAGUUCUAGAAGAGUUUCAAGAAUGAUAUUCGCAUCAGCAAACCAGCCUAUGACCUGGCGUACAUUAAUCUGGUGUAUAACGAUCUCAUUUUUAGUUGGUUUUUUUAUGAAAGACGUUGUAUCGUUAAGAACAUACGAUGGACCCCUUCGUUGGUCGUCAUUUCAAGAAUUUUUGGGGCGCCAUGAAAGAGUUAAAAAUACUGCAGCUUUGCCGCUUUGAAAUAUUCUAUCAAAAAAUAAAAAAUAUUCUCUGUUUUAAUAUAUCAUAUUAGUAUUUUUAUAAAUUUUAAAAAUUGUAAAAAAAAAAUAUGUAAACACUCAAUCAAUUUUUGUAUAUGCAAAUCUGUAUUUUGUUGAAUUUAAAUUAAUUAUUUUUAAA